AUGUCUAGCUAUCGCAAAAUUGUUCUACCUAUCAGAGAAACUGCUGGUUGCCAAGAACCGAAUCAAAUCAUCCUUGUUCCUGGGUACAUUAAGUACAUGGAGUUACGUAAGAAGGAGUUAGCAGAAAUUAAUUCAAAAGUAAACUCAGUAGCGGCCAGGAUUGUCACACGAGCUAUAGCAGAAGAGCUCGGCAAUAUACAUUUUGAGAAUCUGACAGGAGUUCGCCCGCCGGAUGCACUGAAAGACAAUAUUCAAAGGGUCAUGCGACGAAGCACAAAGGAACAAGUUACAUACCGUACACCGGGAAUGAGUGCCAAGAAAAUUAAAUUUGUAGCGCUAAACAAAGCACUGAAGGUGCUCUUGCGGGCAAACUCACUGAAAAUUAUACAUGAAAAUGUAACGUAG